AUGUACUCAAAGGAUAUACGUCGUGGUCUCAAAAUGAACGGCACAAGCACUGAAUCUUUUACCAAGAGCCGGUCAGGCAGUAGCCGAGUGCUCGUGUUCCUCGUGGUGUUAUUCGCACUGACAACUGUGGCAUUGGCAGUGGUGGUAGCACUGACCGUGCUGAAGGUCAAGGACAUAGCCGCCAGGUUGCGUGGCGCCAUGGAUACUAAGGUGAACCCAUGUGAUGACUUUUUCAACUUCGCGUGCGGUACGUGGAUCCAAAAGCACGUGAUACCAGAGGACAAGAGUUCGUUUGGCACUUUCACCCAACUUGGGGAUGACGUAAAUGUCAUAGUAAAAGGUGUUCUUGAAGUCGCCGACAAGCACGACGACCCGGAAGUGGUCACAAAGGCAAGAAAGUACUACAAGGCAUGUUUUGACGAAAGUAUUGGUUUGAGAGGAACUCUGACUGAGCGAUUAGAGGACGCAGGUUUGCAUGGGCAACACAGAGACGAAAUGGCGGACAGAAUGGCUGGAUAUUUGAUGCAGUCAAGAGCAGACAAUACGGAGAGACUCACCCACCUCAUGACGCUCCACGUGCACAGGUGUGCUACCGACGCAAAGGACUUGUUAGAUGUUGCCAAUGAGUUCAUGUCAAAUACAGCAUCGUGCACAAUCUAUGUGGCGGUAGAGAUCAAUGCAAGAGCCGAAGCCAGUGCCAACAUUGAUAGGGGUACUGUAGACGGCGGUCUUGCUGCGAGCAUUUUUGUGGGUGUUUUGAUUGUUGUUGUGGGCAUGAAAUUAAUCCGUAAAAGAUCGCAAUCAGGACGAGGCACAAUGACCGGAACUUCUGCUAGCGAGAACACAGCCUUUAUCCGAACGGCCCCAGCCAGCAAGGCGACGCUGAACACUAGCAGUAAUUCGUUGAGUAGCCAGGUGGAGGUAGAUGCAGUCCCGGAUGUUCGCAUGAAGGCACCAGAAUUGGUGACUGGAAGUCAGUUAGAAGCCCUCCUUCAAUUAGCACACCGGAGGGCCUAUCCCAGUCAUGUGCUCACCCUUGAUGAUCUCUUCACUAAGCAGUGUAUUACCUACAUUGCGACGAACAUCGGAGGGGAAGCGAAUCGACGCGACCUGUUCCGUGAGCUGAACAUCAUACCGGCGGUUUACGAGCCGGAAGAGGAAAAGUGGCUGAGGGACAAACACAAUUAUCCUGAUUUUAAAUACACUGUUCUGAGAACAUGGCUAUUUCAGAAUACAGGGACAGAAGUAGCCGAUCUUGCUCAUCUGUGCCGCUGCCUAGAGCGGUCCAAUCUGACUGUAAUUUCUGAUGCAUUGACUUCUAUGCACUUUGCUUACGCUACACGAUCUCAAGCGGCCGGUAGUGCUAGCUCAGAACGAGGUCAAAUGGACACGGCGUCGAAAGCUUCUCAGUUAGACCCAUCCGUGUGAGGCUUUUUUCGGCAUAGCUGUUUAACCCAGCUUUUCACAUUAAAUGACCUUUACAUAACGCCAGCAGACCCGAAUGAAUACACUGCAUUCAAUUCAUGGGCUGAUUUAAGCAUAAUCCCUACAAACAUUGGCAACAACUCCGCGUUUUGAUAGUAUAGGAUGUAACACUAAUCAAUGUAGGGAAAUGCGGACUUCUAAUUGUGUGUUCGUUUUGGCCCAGUUACAAUUACGCAUAACCGGUAAAUUCAAUCCCCAAGACUUUCAGGGUCAGUGCUGGGUAUUAAAAUCGUCAGGGGAAGACGAAAUGUACUAUUUAUCGACGCCUUAUGUUGAUCACACAGUAUUGCUUUCAAGAUAUCAAAUAACAAGAACUUUAGGGAAAGAAAUCAAUGAAAACAUUUCGGUAAAUGCCACUUGUCUUGCAUUGUGACACACACAACUACCGAAAUAGUAUAGGGUCCAUGAUAUAAGGGAAAUCGUUUAAUUAUAUAGUCACACAUGAGUGACGUACGCGGUCAGUGUGUCUGAAAAUCUUCCCUGUAAGCCAGCAUUGGCUAACGACUUUUUUCCACUUUGAUAGAAAAGAUUUUUAAAGACCCGCGUAAUGCGGAAACGUGACUUAUGCAAUAUGCUGCAGUCCGCACAGGCUAAUCAGGGACGACACUCUCCGCCUAAAUUGGAUUUUUGCUAAGAAGAGACUUCAUUUAAACGAAAAAUGUCAUAAAAGCGGAAAGUGUCGUCCCUGAUAAGCCUGUGCGAACUGCACAUGCUAAUCUUGGACGACACUUAACGCACAUGCAUUAUGCCCAGUUAUCUCAGAGCACGACUCAUAUGAUAAAGAUAUCGGAAGAUUAAUUGUAAUUUAAGCCCAGUAUUCCCAAAGCGAGGCUCAACUAUAGUUCUCGUUCUUAUACACGUUUUGACUUUGCUCCGGAUUUUGUCUUUCUAACUGUGAUAUCUUCGUAUUAUAUUUUUAUGAUCUUAAUUAAAUUUAUUUGCAAAAAUUUGAUUUCUUAUUUUUUAUGACCAUUUUCGAUGUUAUGGUCUUUCAACAUUUUCCAUCUGCAUGUACAAUAUGUUUCUGUAUAAAUUAUUGCAAUAAC